GUAUGCCAAAUGUAUUUUUAACACAAAUCGCAGGAAAAUGGCAACAGGGAAAAUAAUUUUUUAUUAGGGAAACAUAUGUUUUGAACCGUGUUGUAAAACACAAACAGGUGUGAUGUGGCUCUCGGUUAAAUGUUAUGCCCCAAAAAGUGUUGGCCAAUAGCCGCGUAGUUGAUAGCAAGUUCCUGGUCGUGCGUUGCAAUGCAGCGCACCAAAGAUCGUGACGUCAUUCAUCGUAAUAAUUGUACAAAAGCCACGCCUGAAUUCAUUGACAAGGUAAUGAAUUCAGUCUAUAUGGCUUAGAAAAUAUCGCAUCUGUUCAAGUUGGUAUUGCCAUUUUGAAAGCAUUCCUCGAUUGGAAAAGCAUAGGCUAAUCGUUAACGAUCACAACAGUCGGCCAGAUACUUCCGAGUCGCUCGGCUUUCACCAUGAGUUUGGCCAAUAAGUUUUCCCUAUCUGACAAGUACAAAGGACUUGAUAAGAACGUCUGGGCUGAAUUUAGUAAUUUGGCGGUGAAACAUAAUUCCGUAAAUCUCGGUCAAGGUUUUCCUGAUUUUGCUCCGCCAAAACAUGUCACAGAUGCCUUGGCAGAUGUUUCAAAAGAGGACAAUAUUUUAUUGCACCAAUAUACCAGAGGAUAUGGCCAUCCACGUCUGAUUCAAGCCGUUUCCAAACUCUACAGUAAUGCCAUCGGCCGAACUAUUGAUCCCUUCACAGAGAUCCUGGUUACAGGCGGAGCAUUCGAAGCCUUGUUCUGUUCCAUAAUGAGCUGUGUCAAUCCUGGAGAUGAAGUCAUCAUCAUUGAGCCCUUCUUUGAUUGUUACGAGCCCAUGGUUCGCCUCGCCGGGGGAACCCCCGUCUUUAUUCCUCUUCGACCUAAAACAGGUGGAGAGGGCCAUUCCUCUGAAUGGGUACUGGAUGACGUAGAGCUCACGUCUAAAUUCACCGACCGCACCAAAGCCAUCAUAGUCAACACUCCGAAUAAUCCCCUGGGCAAAGUCUUUACGCUAAAGGAACUCGAAUUUAUUGGACAGUUGUGCAUCAAAUGGAACGUUCUGUGCAUCAUGGACGAAGUGUACGAGUGGCUCGUGUACGAACCUUACCAGCACUUUCGAAUGGCAUCACUGCCUUACAUGUGGGAUCGAACCGUUACGAUUUGUUCGGCGGGGAAAACAUUCAGCGUAACGGGAUGGAAGCUCGGAUGGGCCUACGGUCCUGCCCAUCUUGUGCGCAACUUGUGUGUAGCCCAUCAAUAUGCACUUCACUUUGUAGUUACUCCAAUUCAGGAAGCGGUGGCCCGAAGUUUAGAAAUCGAACUGGAAAGGUUAAAAACCGAUGAAAGCUAUUUCAAGUCAUUGCCAAAACUCAUGAAGAGCAAACGCGAUUACAUGUCUAAAUUUCUGGCAGAAGUGGGGAUGAAAUCCGUCGUUCCCCAAGGAGGCUAUUUCAUGGUCGCCGAUUGGUCAGCUCUGGAGUCCCACAUCGACCUAAGUGAGAAAAAGUAUCCCGAAAAGGAUUACUGUUUUGCCGAAUGGCUAACGCGAGUCAAGAAACUGGCCGGAAUUCCCCCUACGGCCUUUUAUUCCGCUGAGAAUAAGAAUCUGGGAGAAAAUUACAUCCGUUUCUGUUUCAUCAAGGAGGAUGCCAAAUUGAAAAAGACUGAAGAUAUUCUCCAAUCAUGGAAGGAAAUCUUGUAGAAGACUCCGAGAAAGAAACGAUAAAUCUUUUCUCAGUGUUGUGUUUCCAACGCCGAGUUCAAAGAUACAAAAUUAGUAGUUACUUUCGGUUCCAAAUGAAUAAAUUAUCAAAUUUAUUUUUA